AUGGAGCUAGGAUUAUUAGGAAAGAACAAGCUAGAAUUUGUUGAUGGUAGACAUACUAAGGAUAAGUUUAAUGUAUCAUUACAUGAUCAGUGGGAGAGGAUGAAUGCUAUGGUGUUAUCAUGGAUUGUGAAUGCUGUUAGAAAGAAAUUGUUAAGCAGCAUAAUCUAUGCUUCGAAUGCUCACAAAGUGUGGUUUGAUCUAAAGGAGAGAUUUGAUACUGUGAAUGGAUCAAAAGUGUUCUAUCUGCAUAGAGAAAUUGUUACACUGUCUCAAAGAACUAUGCUUCUGCAGUUUUUGAUGGGCCUCAAUGAAACAUAUGCUCAGUGUAGAAGCCAAAUUCUUAUGAUGUCUCCUAUUCCUACACUUAGCAAAGCUUAUUCUAUGGUUAUAAACCAUGAAAGUCAGAGGUCAUUGGCUAGUUCAUCACAAGUUGCUGAAGCCUUAGAAGGAGCAACCUUCUUCAGUCAUAAAAGAGGUCCCAACUCCAGCUUCAGAGGAAACAAUGGAAAAGGAGCUUCCAUAAUAUCUCUCAAUGGUAGUAACUUCUCAAGUGCAAGCUUGGGGUGGGGGGAACUUCUCUAG